AUGGUCCAAGGUUACGAUUCGUAUGAAGACGUUGAGAAGAAUGAAGUAGCAGGGAAUGAUGGAGCCGGUAGGCGAUCGCUGCAAAUUAGAGCUUACGAUUACUCACGGAUAUGUAAAAUGCACGGGUAGACCGUAUAUUUGAAUGCACGUGUAUUAAACCGCGUGUUUAUUACUGUACGCGUAUUCAAUAAUACACGUGUGCAUAAUAAUGUCCGCAAUUUCGACGUGGACCCUUGCGCGAUCAUGCCCAGUGACGUAGAAUAUUAAUAUGCUGAUUAAACUCAACAUAAUUUUAUUCGAAUAAAAUCAUAGAUGUUCAGCAUGAAUAGUAAAAGUUCCAUUGGAUAAAAGGUUUGUUUUUGAGUACACGCGUGUUUUUAAAUACACGUACAUUAUUAAAUGCACGUGUAUGAUUAAAUAUCUGAAUCAAUGCACGGGUUUCAUAAUUACACGUUUGCUAACAAACUAAUUAUAGAAUUGAUUACAGAAAAUAAGAAGAUAUUCACUCUGUGAAUGUACUUGCACUAAUAGCGCCCACACUCUGCGCUGGUAAAAAUUAUUUUCUUCCAAGUGGAUGAUUCGUCUUUUUUUAUACGACUAGUCGAGUUCUUUAAUAAUGCGAUUAUUCGACAUCGUUGUAAUGUCGUAUCAUAUACGAUUCGUAUAUAAAGACGGGCAAAUAAUUUCUCAGGGACAUCUGUAUAGUAACCGAAUUCGUAUAAAAUGUCGAAAUUUCGUCUUACAACGUAUAUGUUCUCUGCACACGAUUUUCCGUGUCACCGUUACGACGCACUCAUGUCUUAUAAUGUAUCUAUGCCACUUUUCCCGCGUUUUAUAUUUUCGACGGUCGGAGUUUAUUUCUUAUAACCGUGAAUUUUAAAUGGUUCAAACACGCUAUGUGAACUAUGUUAUUGAACCGUAUGGAUUCACUCAAAAUAUUCUGGUACAAUUUUUAAACGGGAAAUAAUUGUGUUACGAAUCAUGUGUCUUCGACAUUAAACGGAGGCUGUGAAUGUGCAAAUGCAUCGAUUGAUAUUAAAUAGUUCAAAAAAAAAUGUAUGUACUUUCGGUUUGUUCACAAAAUCUUUGUGACCGUGGUGCUCUAAAAAUUAAUGUGCACAGUUCGUAAACGGUAUUGACGCACAAAGUAAGUAUGUUUGUUCAAGGGGGUGACGUCAUUUCAUGUCACUCGAAUCUGCCGUAAGCAUUUUUAUUUUGGCGGAGGGGCUACAAAAAGGAGAGUAAUGGAUAUAGGGUAGAGCAGGAGCCCAGAGUAAGUAUACUCUAUUGUGUGUUUCGAGUAGGUAGAAAAUGAGAAGGUUCUAAGUCAAAUUCUUCAAAAAGUUUCUGCAUUUUUUCGUCUCGUUUUUGUGUUUUUUUUUUACUUACGGUGCAAUAUAAUCUACAACACGGUUAUUGCACAGAUAUUUGAAUCCGAAACGUGGAAUUUCGGUAUACUAAAUGAUCAAAAACACCGUUCAAUAAACAAGAUUUCCAGCGCAUCGUCUUGAACCGAAAGUUACUGAAUAAUGAAUACAAUCACCGCACUGAAAAUGUAACCAGGCUGUGUUCUUUCUGGCGUGCUAUUUUUUUUUUUUUGUCGAUCGUUCAACUUGAAAACUUGUCCAUAAAAACGUUAACGUGCUCGUACUUUCUUACGGCAAUAUCAUUGAUUUUACAAUAAUAAUAUAAACUGUAUAUACUUACGUAUAACUAUAUAUUUUUAUAUACGCAGUAAAAGCGUAAACCGACGAGCUCGCCGGUUGUCGGUUGAACAAUUACCAUUAAUAUUGAUAUUGUUGACGCGGAAAAACGACGAAAUUCAACGUCGACGAGGUUUCGGGAUAAAAAAAAAAACCACCUAAACACGAAUGUUCGACGUAGUUUCGUAUCGUUAAAAAAAAAAAAAAGAAAAGAAAAGUAAUUUCGAAUAUAAUGGGGGGCAAAAUAAACGGCGACUCAUAACUGUGCCCCCCUGCACAAAACGACGACAAAACGUUAUUACCAUCGCGUAACUGCUGUGUUCAAAGGAGUUUAACAUGGAACGGUUAUGUAUAGAAGGUAAUAGGUAUACAUUUCGGACGGACGAAAAUAUUUAAUUUUACGACGUCUUAAAACGACACCCAUUUCCACGUCGAUAACCGUUUUUAAACAUUCCCCUACGCGGUGACACGUGUCGACAAUGUUUUUGUAUUCACACUGUAAUUCUGUGACCGACAUGAAUCGAAAGACCAUACUUUUCGGCCGACAAAUAGUAUUGCCUUGUUAUUUUGGUUGGGUUUUUUUUUUUUUUUUUUUUUUUUUUUGAUGGGUGUUAGUUAAAAUUGUAUUGCAUUUUUUUCAAAAAUUUUUAAAUUUAACAAUUCACAGUCUGUUCAUCGACGAUUAUCGUUUGCCGAAUAGGACAACGCGUAUCGUUGGUUUAAUUAUUGUCGAUCGUUAACGGUGAACCGUUUGUGUAUUUGGUCGAAUUAUGUUUUCGAACCGAUUCGGAACUAGUCUAGUGAACGAAAGUAAAACGAUUACAGUAGUAACCAUUAAAGAACUGGAGAAUCUUCGAUACAUUUGUUUUAUAUUGUUAAAAACUUUUUUCGAAGUUAUAGGUUCCAUUACUAUCUUCGUACCCAUAUACCACAUACGGUCGUACGCCCAUGUUUAUAAGAUGUUUUGCUAACAACUAUAAUACUCGGGUCGUCCAUAUCUUGUCCGUCCAUUAGGUAAUAGGUAACUAUUGUGAUGAAUCCGAUGUGCAACGCGUCACAUAUCUUGGAUUUUGGUUCACUGUUCUAAUAAAUUACUUUGAUUUCGCAAUAACAUCAAGAAAUAUUCUUUCUGGUAAUAAUCUCCAUGUGGAUAUUCUCUUUUCGUCGCUUUAGUAACUCGGUAUUUGAAGUUUUUCGGCCUACGGCGGAAUAUAAUAGUAAUAAUAAUAAUAAUAAUAAUAAUAUGGUCACCGCAUAUUAUCUGAAAACCCCCGGGAAACUGCCGACACGGUAACGUUUUGUCAGGUGCGGUUUAGUGGUUAUUUCGGAUUGUUUUUUUCGGGCUACCGCCGGGAAGUUUGCUAUGUAAUAGUGUUGCAGUCACAGUCGCGGUCUCGUACCAUAGUUCUUACAAUAUUCGUGUCGGAGUCAAGAACCCGAAAAUACAUGAACGUCUGGCAAGUUUACGAUCCAUGAAAUUUACGAUCGUUCGAGACGGUAAUAAUAAUAAUAAUAAUAAUAUUAUUAUUAUUAUUACAAUUAAAGAUCUCUGAGGUUACCUACACUACACCGAAAUAUUACGGGCAAGGGACAAACAAUAAACGACAGCGAUAGCGGAUCGGAGGGGAACCAGAACGAGGACCUAGGUUGCACUUAACUUUUACACGACGUCGACGAUAAUAUUAUGUUUCCAAAUUAUUUACGAUCGACCGUAACCCAACCUCAGACCUAACGCUGGAGGAUACAUAAUAUUUUGCGACGGAAGACAAAAGGCGAGUGUCUCAUUGCAGCAAUAUUUUUGAUUGCGUUAUUACUUAACUAAUUAUAUCAAAUUUAUACCAUAUCUGAUAUCAUAGAUUAAAUAAUAUCUACGUGCGCAAUGUUAACAUUGAACCGUAAUAAAGUCAUACAUUUAUAAUAUAUGUAAUUAUUAUAUUAUGCUAUAUUAUAAUAGUUGAACGGAAUCACCAGAGCUGUUUUACAUCUAUUUGUAGAAAGUUUAUCAGGAUCCGCCACAAAGUCUAUUAAAAAUAUAAAAUGUAGAAAUUUACUUUCCUGAAAUUAUUAACUCUUGACUGUGUUAUUUAUCUCAAUAAAAAAUAAUUCUCAAUAAUUGUUUGUUAUUUUGUAUUCAAUUUAUAUUUGCAAUUCUAAUAAAAAAUUGUUUUUAAAAUGUAUUUAUUAUAAUGUAAUCUGAAAUAAAGUACCCAACAUGUAACAAAAAGAUUACACAAAAAAAAUCUAACGACAAUUUUUCGAAUAAAUUAUUAUUAUUAUUGUUUAUUAAACGCCGUAGCGGCAAUUUUACACAGUAUACAAAAUAUGGUAACUAGUUGUAGGUGAUUAUAUAGGUACAAUAUGCUAGCACAUAUAAAUAAUUAAAAGACAGAAUUAAUUUAAUAUAGCGAAUUAAUAAUUCGAAAAAAAAAAAUUUGAAUUUGUAUUCCUAUUAUAAUUAUACUUUAGGACAUAAUGUAACCAUAUUAGUAUAUGGAAAAACUGGAUCAGGUAAAUGGGUACACAUUUUGAGGACACUGAUACCGUAGAAGAAAAAUGUUUUACUCCAAGAGUUUUUCAACAUAUUUUUAACGAAGUUCAAUAAAAGGCAGAAAAUUUCCAUCUGUGAGUUGGGUAAAGUGAAGACGAUCUUAUGAUGUAUUUAUAAUUCAUAUUUGCUACAUCCAUGGGCGUCUACUUGAAAGGGGGCAAGGAGGGGAUACGUCCUCCUGGAUUUUCUGGGUCUGUUAUACAUUUAUUUAUUAUAGUUAUUAUACAUACUAAUGUAGGAAAUGGGAAUACAGUCAUAUUAUAUUAUGGUACGUAAAUUUACAUAUAGCAGUUAAUAAGUGAACAGAAAGGUAAAUAUUAUUGAUAAAAAUACAGUGUUCCCACUGGAUAUUCGAAGAUAGACGCCUUUGGCCACAUCCCUUCCAAAUGAACAUUUUUAGGCACGCUACUAAUUACUAUAGUUCCGUAAACUCUUUGCUCCUCCUUUGCAACUUAAUUUCUUUAAUUCUGUACAAUUAUCUUUCUACGUAUCAAUCAUUACUAUUUGUUUCACGUAUUUCUUUUUUAGCGGUCUUAAACAUCCGAUAUGAUCUACGUUGCCUUUUUCUAUGACUCAUUUCGUUAAGCUAUCAUAAUGUAUUAAAUGUUGUACCAUGUUAUCCCUUCUGAUUUCAUAUAGUUACAUUAUACAUUAUGCAUGUUCCUAAUUUAAAAUCUACCUCAUUUAAAUGGAAAAAUAUGUAAAUUAUACCAUAUAAAAGAACGCCACAACCGCAUGUGCAGUUAGCGUCUUACAAUCGUACGACAAAGAAUUUUUUUUUUAGCCAACUUUGUGUUGUUAGUUUCAAUGUUAGAAUGAAUUGAUCUAUUAUCAAGCUUAAUGAUAAAAACAUCAUCUAUGCAACUACGUCGAUUUGUUUUGAUAUUUUAAUUUUUAAGUGAGUUAUGAGAUAAGUGAAAUAUCUAUGUGAAAAUUGUCAUUGUUUUAAUCAAUUUACCGUUAUAUGAUAUAUAUAUAUAUAUCAUAUAUUGUAUUGUUGACAAAGGAUUAUUAACUGGUCUCGGCUCAGAUUCGUUUUUUCGUUAGCAAUGGUUUAUCUUUAAAUAUCCGUCUGUAGCCUACUUUCCUCACUUCCCACCUCCAACAGUGGCUGCAUCCACGUACGGAGUAUGCCCGUCUUUUAAAACUAACGAAAUCGCCUACCAAUUUAAAAUUUUAUUAAUUUUAAUUCAACAAAUAUGCGUAUGUAAUUACGAUAAAAAAAAAAAGUUGCCAUUUAGAAUGCACUUGUAAAUAGAAAUUUAUGAGUUCGGUUUCACCCCGGGCUUCGAAAAUUCUAAGAACGUCCCUGACCGCCCCCCUCCCCCAAAGACGAAACUCCUAUAACGUGACGUGUUGUUACGCGAACGGAUAAAGGAAGCGACCCGUGCGUAUGCCGCGAUACUGAUCGAUUAUUAUUAUUAUAUUCGGGCCUGCGGAUUUGUCCUCUAGUCAUCUUCGGCAUUUUUUUCUCUGUUCCUUUCGUAAUAAACGCACCCUACACACGCGACUUACGUAAAAUAUAACGCGUUUCUCGUAUAUGUAUAUAUGUAUACGUAAUAUGUAUUUAUAUCUGAGUAUGACAUUAUUAUUAUAUCGAUCCUUCCGGUCAGGUGUAGUUUUAACCCGUGGAAUCGAAACAAUCACGUAACUCGAUUACCUACCUACCCGAUCGCGUGUUAUUGUAUUAAUCGUAAUAAUGCCGGUGUAUAAUUACAGGUUAAGCGGUGGCGUUAUUUGGGUUAGGUUUUUUUGUUUGGUGGGGAGGGGUGAACAAUUUUUCGAAAAUCAUAUAGAGGAGGUCUAGGAACUUAUUAAUUAGGACUUAUUUUCAGGAGCGAAAGUAUUUCAAAAGAAAAAAAGUUAUCACAAGCAUAAUAAUUUUUUAUUUGUAAAAUAUUAUAAUUUAGCAUCAGUCCUCUUGCUGGAUCUAUCAAUACAUUUCUGUGUAUAGUAAAUCCAUUCAAUCGAUUUUAACGAAUAAAAUAAUUAGUUAUUACUUAUUUCUAUUGAAAUUAUCAAUUAUACUUAGUAUACUUUUGAAAUUGUAUUGCGUAAGUGGCAAGUCAUUUUUAACAGUGUAAUCUUAGCGAUCAAUUAUCAUUUUGGUCAUCCCAUUGGAUCAAAUUUAAUAUAAAAAAAAAAAAAAAAAUUUAUAUUUAUAUUUAUAUUUAACACCUAAAAUUAGUUUCAAAAUUUUAUUUAAUCUUAAUGUUAAAAAAGAGACCUAGAGAGGGGGAUUCUAUAUUUAAAUGUCUCCCCCAUAAUUAGGACGCUGAUUGAGAGGUAGAUUGUUCGACUGUUCGAAUAUUUUGAUUGAUCGGAUAUUCAUAUUCUAUAUUUAGAUACAAAAGCAUGGACAUUUUAGUUUUUUAAUAAGCCUCGCUAUUAAUGUACUGCAUUUAGGUAAUCUGAAAUAUCAAAUAAAAGACACAGGAUACUGUCAUUGGCGGUUAGCAUAACUCUCAAAAUAACAGCUUAUCACUUUCGGGUAUCAAAGUUUAUAAUCUGUCGGUUUAUUCGUUGAUUCUCCUUUGUUUAUUUAUUACUAUUUUAACUUGUAUAGUGACGUAGUAACAAUCGAAAAACGUUUCGCGAUUAAUUGGAUCUUUUCGAUGAUUAGUUCUUGAGAAUUGUCAAUCGGUGUUAAAUUACGUUAUCGAACGGCUCUAGGUAUUGUAAUAUGUGUAAAAAAUAUCGGUGGCGAUAUUGUUUAAUUUUUUUAACUUUUUCACUAAAAGGGAACACGGGACGAGAUACGACGAGAUAAGACGGAACAUUUCGAUUUCCUCUGUAUUCAUUUAUAAUAAUAUAUACGUAAACAAAACCUUUUUUCGGAAUAUUUUUGGGAGGCCAAACACGGUCUCAGAAAAUCUGUUCGACACCCUGAAGGGUCUUAUAAUCUUUACUUUUAUACCUUGCAUUUAUGUACAGCGGCUGUUUAGAGAGGCAGUUUUCGUAUCUAUUCUAUUCGCCCUAACUAUUGUUCUGUAAACGCGCGAUAGGCAUGCAUUUUUACGCUUCGCAGUUAGACUUUAAAAACCUAAAAACAACAAAAUUAAUCAAAAAUUCAAAAUAUAUAAUUAUCGUACCACAAUAUCUUACACAAAGCGGUCAUAAUUAUACGAAAAACCAUAUUGUUAAAGAUCAGCUGACGGAAGCAUCGAUAUACUAUUGUAUUAAAUAAAAAUAAAAUUAUUUUGAGUGGAAAUCCCACGAAAACCACCGUCUUGUAACGUACGGAAUCUAAUAAAGGUCGGAAAUGAAAAAGAAUUCCAUCAUUUGAAUACGAGUCGCCGAAAAUAAAUUUGAAAAUUCAGCAUCGGCAGAUUGUCGAACACUCGGAAAACUCGGUCGUUUCGUAUUCGUUCCCGAGACGAUCUUCAACGGCGCGCGUGUUGGAGCGGUUGUGACGAAUCGCCGGUGGAGAGACGCAAGAAACGAUAUAUAUAUAUCACGCAUAGAAAAGAGGACGUAAAAAGGGGUGAGGGGCGGAAGCCAAUUUACGUGUCCAGGAGACCACUCAAUUCGAACACUGGUCAUUUUUCACCAGCCGGAAAAUCAUUUGUUAUAUUAUAGUGUUGUUCCGGAUCCACCGCCGUACUGUCGUAAAGGAUUCGACGACGCUAGAGCUGUUGCGGGUACUUUUGUCCCUCGUCGUUCGGCACCGGGCUUAUCGGCCGAAUUUGCCGCCCGAAUCCGUCGGAAAAUACCGUUUUCAACUUGGACAAGAACCGAAGACGUUUUGGUGAUUCUACCGUGGCAACAACCGUAA